CGCCUGUCUCGGAGAUUGAGCCAGCUGAACCUGCUGUUGUCCACUCGUUCGUUCAGGUGUCGACUUUUCAUCCACUUGAGAGCCUUUUAACAAAAACAGCAUUGAUAUAGCACGGAUGGCGUCCGCCGUGCCGGCAGCCGCUUCUCAGGCACCUUGGACUGCCUUCGAGUCCAGGAAGGUUGGCCUUGUUAGUAUCGUGGAGGAAGAGUUAGUAGCGGGCUGUCAAUCACCACUGGCCUCAUCGACUCUCCAAACGCCUCAAUGGCGAGAUGUCGACUACUUUGACAAUGCGAAGAGCUCAAGAGCCAAAGGGCUUGGUGUCACUUCAGCCUCUCAUACUGGCUCUCCCCUGGUGAUGUCUUCGAGGAACAGCUCACCUGGAGCAUCUCCUAAUCCUUCUUCGCCCAGACUUACGACGUUGGGCUGGGGUAUGGUACCACCACGUCAAACCUCACCUUUGGGUACUGCCUCGCCAAUACUAUCUCCUAUGGAGAUCUGGGACAAAGGGCCGUCCGUGGUCCCCAAGCUAUCAUCUGUGAUACCGGAUAUCUCUGACGACGAGGCUUCACGACAUGGUUCGAUCGCCGACAUCGAAAUCAUUCUGCGCAAGGCUUCAAUUGCCCUGUCUCAGCUCGACGGAUACACGACCACAAAAUCCGACAUCGAAAUCUUGAUCAACGAAGAGUCAGAUGUUUUGGGACCCCUUCACUCGCCAUCAACGCCAUUGACACCUUCCAUCCGCACACCGCUGAGUCAAGCAUCACCAAGGGCAUCGCCGAGGGCAUCAUCUGAGUGUCUCGGAAGGGCAACUUCCAACGACGAUCAAUCAGCUGGUACUGCAACGCCACCAAUUGGUAAGAAGCGUCCUCUGCUUGAGCCUUCCGUCGUUUUCAAGAAAUUCAACAACUUUGCAGACUUGCACUCCUUCUCAUUUGGUCAAGGCCCAAAGGGCCGGAAGGAAAGUGCUGGUGGCCAGGACCCUAUGUCGUCUCCUCGGAUGAGUGCAGAAGGCAGUAUCCAACGACCGUCAUCUGCACGUGUGAGCCUUGGAAGCAGUAUUGACAGCGAGAUCACCCGAGACGUGAUGCUUAUCAAUCCUGUUACUGGAGAACGCAAGAUGUCCGCCAUUCGGCCCUCGUUAUCGGUGGAGCAACUGCGCCGACCUAGUGCGCUGCGACGAAGUUCUUCUGCGACUUCUAUGUACACAUUGGUUAGAAGAGAGUCGCUGUCAGCUGACAAACUACGGACACGCUCAACAGCUUCUCGACCCAGUCUCUCCGGGAGGAAUACUUCGAUACCCCUGUCAUCUGAUCAAAGGCCCAUGUCGACAGAAUCUGCAUCACAAACAAGGACCCCCUCGUUCACCACUGAUCAACGCACUCGCAAUUACUCGUCUUCGACACGUCAUUUGUCUAGUGCUUCCAACGCCCGGACCAUGUCGAGCACUCGGAACAUGUCUCAUUCCUCUUAUGCUCGUACUAUGUCUAGCACAAGGACCAUGUCAAACUCAACAUGGUCAAGAACGAUGUCGACAUUCUCAAGAGCUUCAUCAACAACAUCAGUAACAACGUGUGAUUUCGAGGCAGACAGGAAUAUUUGCAACGAGAUCCAGGAUACCUAUCCGGAUGAACAACCACGCCGCAAGUCAUCGCUAUUGGUUCCCUUAUUCGGCAAUUUUCAGUGGCGCAAACCAGAGCCUGCAAUUACUCUACCAAUCCAGGAACCUGUGCCUGCCUACCAAGAAGCAUUGGCAGAUGUUGAGGAAGAUCCUGACUUUGUGGAAGUCGAAAUCGAGCCCAAAGCCGGAUCUGUGUCCAGAAGAGCUUCGCUAAUUGCGAACAUCUUCACAAACAACGAUGUUGAUGUAGAUCCAGACCUCAAAUUCGAACCUUUAGCCUCCGAGACACAGAUCAAGCAGGGCGUUGCAGAAGCUCAGGUCGAAAGAAGCCAGCGCAAAAUGCUCUACUCCCGCAAUGUCGCAACAGCAUCACUCGGAACUAUUAACGCAAUCUGUGUUGUCUUAUCAUUUGGACUAUUCACUGUCUGGUAUGCCGUUGCACCCCUUGUCCUGGUCGCACCUCUUCUCAGAUCGGUCAUGGUCCUCCAAGUACUAGGCGACCAUCUCUACACAAAAGUCAGAUCACUGUUACGGCCUCAACAGGAUUGGUCCGAAUCUCCUGCUAUGGACUAUGCUACUAUUUUGUCAUUCUCUAACGAGACGCAAGAAAUGAUGGAAAGCACCCUCGACUCUCUCGUGAAUCAACAAGGUAUCGAUAUGUCUAAAAACCUGUUGAUUAUCUCUUGCAACGAUCAGAUGCUGGACAGCACUCGUGCCAAAACUACCACAAGGAUUCUUCUCGAACAUGUUUUCACAAACAUCGUUGAUGAAGCAAAGUUCCAGAUUCCACGUGAGGAUGACGAGUACGAGUUCGAUGCUCUAUGGUGCCGUAGGGGAAUCUACAAAGGCUUGCCGUACAUCUUGAUGGUCAAGGAGGGCGGAACAGCCAAAGUGGAGAAUCUCAACUUGAUCCGAAAUUUAGUUCAUUCUUACAACUUGCGUAAGGAGUCAUAUCACAACACUGCCCCUUCUGCAUUCUUUGCCUGGUACAAGGAAUGGGCAGAGUUACAUGAUUUUGCAUCUUUCGACUUCCUCGUCAACGUCAGCUCCAAUACUGCUCUUGACGAGCGCUGCAUUUUGGAGCUGUACCGCCAGUCUCUUACGAGCUCAACCUCUGUCGCCAUCUCCAGCCGUGUCGAGAUCGAGCCUAGCACGUACAAGUGGAGCUUAGGAAACUUGUUCGACAAUGCUCAUCUCAUGUACGACCAGGUACGACAGUCUCAUCAAUCGCAGUUUACCCACAAGGUCAACCCCAUACCAGAUGCUUGCCAGAUGCUCAAAGUUUGUGAGGAGACUUGCGGGCAGCAAACCCUGGAGGACAUCAAAGGUCAUCAUGCCUCGCCUAUGAGCAAUAUGGUAAAGCAGAUGUGCUCGACUGUUGACGAAGAUGACAUGACGAUGCACGCUUCAUCUGGAAUUACCACUCAGCAAGCCCUUCACGCUGUCACAUACGCCCGCCCUUCUAUCACCCUCUCUGAGUUUUUCGUGGAGCGCCAAAGACUUGCAUUCUUGACUUGCGCCGUUAACCUUGCUAUCGUCCGCAACAGCCAGACGCACUGGUUCGAAAGACUUUCAUCCGGCGCCGAGUUGCUGGCGUGGUGCCUCCCUAUCUUCUCCCUGGCCAUCAUUGUCAACUUCAUCCGUGCCGCCGCAAUGGCGCAGAACAUUCCAGUACUGAUCGUGCUCAGUGCAGUCGCCCUUCUGCCAUGGGUUUAUGGAUUUACUUCCGCAAUGUGGUUAGCUCGUUCUUGGGAAGCGAGAGUACGCUAUGUACUUGGCUUUUUCAUCAUGGCUGUUGCAGGUCCGUUCGUUGCUAUUUAUGCUGUUGCUUCUACCGUUCUCAACUUGCAUCGUGUCCGUCAGAGGGAGUCCAAAAGCAGACAUCCUUCUGCUACCACAAAAAUCAUGUAUUCCGGCGUUUGAUUGGGGAGCACAAAAUCGUGUGCUGCUUCUUGUUCGUUUUCUUUUCUCUAGAUACCCCCUUUUGACUUGUAUAUAUUAUCUUCUCAUACAAAGCUAUCUCGCCAUACCAACUUUGAGUCC